GACAUGCAUGGGAGAUAUUGAUCUAAAAACUUCAUUUGGAACUACUUGGAGCUUACAAAAUGUCAGGGUGAUUCCAAGACUGAAGACAAAGUUGAUCUCAGUCGGACAAUUGGAUGAACAGGGACUAGACGUCAAGUUUGGUGGUGGAAAAUGGAAGGUGAUCAAAGGAAAUUUGGUUAUUGCUCGAUGCUUGAAAAGAGGAUCGUUAUACAUGGUACCGGUGACGUCUGAGGGAGUGACCAACCCGGUAAAGACAGUUAACAAAGUCGGGCUCACUGAAUCGGGCAAAGCUAAGAAGGUUCAUUUUGCAAACGUGAAUCUUGGAGUUUUGGGGAUGACAGUUGAGUGUGUUCGGAGGUCUGAAUCAGGUCAGGGGUUUCGUGACAGUGGGAGCAUGGGACGUGUUCCGAGUACAGUUGUGAAACGUUGUUGGGUUUUGAGGACCGAGAAUCCGAACGUUAAAAUCUCUCCUGGGAAUAGUUUGCUGGAUUUGGAGAGUGGUAAUGGUCCUCAAUGUAUCUCUGGAUCCGGUGGAUUGUGCAAGCCGGUUGGGACAGAGGCUGUGGCGGUUACAGUCACGACUGGGUUGGAGCUCGGUGGAGCUUCAACUGUCCUUUCAG